AUGUCCCUUGAAAUUUCUGUGUUACUAUACAAUUAUAUGUCACUAAAUUCCCUAUUUACUCCACACCAACCAAUAACUCACCAUUAGAAUUUAAUUCAUAGACUAAGAGUCUUGGAGGCUUACCUUACAAGAAAUAACUAGUGUAUGGAACUGGCCAUAAACCAUAAGCCUUUGCUCUUGGAUGACACAAGACUUCGUAAUUACUCACUUUUAUAACUUUUAACUCAGUUUAAGCAUAGCAUUCAUUUGCAUACCCUAAAUAUUAUCAAUUUUACUAACCUACACAAGAAUGUGGUGACAUCCCUGGCCAAUAAAUGUGAUAGCCUGGACAAGUUAUUUUGUAUGGUAACGAACUAUAUUCACUCCAAUAGUUUCGAAAUGUCCAACAAAUUUAAAUCAAGAAGAAAGUAAUUACCAACAUAAUAUAUUUAAUAUUCACUUAUUCCAUUGUAUAUUCAUCAUUUAUAAAACUAAUUAAAUCUUUUCAUAAAGAUGGACAUGA